CGUUAUUCCGAACGAAAGGUGUUGGCGGUGAAAAUUAUUGAAUGAAAGGAGAAUAGAAAAAAAAUAUAUAUACUUAUAUACGUACGAUUGUAUCAUAAAGUCACUUGGAAUUUUUAUUGUGAAUUUUUAUAGUGAAAGUCCAAUAAAAAGAGACAGAGAAAAAAAAAAUAGAACAUAAUCAUACGGACAAUCAAUCGCGAAUUAAAAUCGAUGCUAACAGUUAGAUGAUUGAAAAUCGUUGGAAUUAGUGAUCUGUAGAGUAAUAUUUCGGCUACACGAUGCAGUCGAGUAAAAUAUUGAUAAAAAUAUGUGAAACAUAUGUUUUCCAAAGAGUUUCUGUAUCCUCGAAAUUAUUAGGGAAUAAGCCCAAAUUCGUAACACUUUCAAGAUGUAUAAGCACCACGAUGUCGAGAGCAAUCCUGAAGGAUUCUCCGAAUGCCGGAAUCGAUAAGAGCCUUCUUAAACGGUACAUGGACCUUCCUCAACCGGAAGAUAAAAUCCAAGCGAAAUAUAUUUGGAUAGACGGAACCGGAGAAGGUCUUAGAAGCAAGACUCGUACCCUAGAUUUCAUCCCCAAGGAUCCGAAAGAGCUUCCCGUUUGGACGUACGAUGGUAGUUCAACAUAUCAAGCAGAGGGAGGAAACAGUGACAUAUAUUUAUACCCAGUAGCAAUAUACCGAGAUCCAUUCCGUCGUGGUAACAACCGUUUGAUACUAUGCGAGACGUACAGACCAGACAAAACUCCGACCGAAAGUAACAAACGUUGCAAGGCAAACGAAGUAAUGGAAGCCGUAAAAGAUCAAGAGCCAUGGUUUGGAAUUGAACAAGAGUACACAUUCUUGGAUUUCGAUAACCGACCAUUGGGUUGGCCCAAAAAUGGUUUCCCAGGUCCCCAAGGUCCUUAUUACUGUGGGGUAGGUGCCGACAAAGUGAUAGGGCGUGAAAUAGUCGAAGCACAUUACAGAGCGUGUUUAUACGCCGGAGUGAACAUAGCUGGUACAAAUGCCGAAGUGAUGCCAUCGCAAUGGGAAUUCCAAAUAGGUCCGUGCGUCGGAAUAACGGCAGGUGACGAUUUGUGGAUAGCGAGAUUUAUAUUGCACCGUAUAGCCGAAGAAUACGGUAUCAUAGCGACGUUGGAUCCGAAACCAGUUGACGGCACAUGGAACGGUGCCGGUGCGCACACUAACUUCUCAACGAAAGCAAUGCGUGCAGAAAAUGGAAUAAGUGAAAUUGAAAAGGCAAUAGAUCGUCUGAGCAAGAAACAUCUCAGGCACAUUCAGGCCUACGAUCCUAGGGGAGGGAAGGAUAACGAACGUCGUCUUACAGGAAAAUGUGAAACUAGCAGCAUUCAUGAUUUUAGCGCUGGCGUAGCUAACAGAAAUGUCAGUAUUCGUAUUCCAAGAGGAGUCGCAGAAGACAAAAAAGGAUACUUGGAAGACAGAAGACCUAGCAGUAAUUGUGAUCCUUAUGCAGUUACCGACGCGCUAGUACGCACUUGCGUUCUAAACGAAUAAUUGUCAAAUUGUUCAUCGGUCCUCUUUUAAAUUUAUUGUUUCUUUUUUUUUUUUUUAAUUUUGUUUUCCUUAACAUAAUUAUCAUUGUUACGAUUAUAUGAUUAUAUACCAUAUUUGCAUGCAAGGGAUAUAUUAUACCAUGUUAGAUAUAAAAAUAAUAAUAAUGAUAUAUUUAUAGUUUGUGAAUCACAUUUUUUUUUCAAAGCUGAUUUUUUGCCCUCAGUAGCACGUACAAAAUAAAUGAAUGAAUAAAUAAUUAAAACCAACAAAACUGAAACGAAACUCGGAAGGACAUGUAAAAUGAAUUUUUAUGUAAUAAGAAAAUACGCGCCAACGCACCAUCGUCAUGUUGAAUAUGAAAAAUAUAUAUAUAUAUCUGUGUAUAUGGAUGUAACAAUAAUAAUCUAUUUUGUUAUGAUAGUAAAAUAAUAAUAAUAAUUAUCAUCAUUUUUUCAUCAUCACAUGUAUAUUGUAUACUUUUCUUCUAUUCGUAUGAAGAAAAAGUGAUCAAACAAACGAAACCCAUGAAACACAUGAAACAGUAAAUUUUAUAUAACAAAUAUCAAUAUGGAAUAUUGUAGAUAAGAAUCGCCACAUUAUUGAUUACGACAAUUUAUUAUAUAGUUAUUAUUAUUGAUUAGUUACGUAAAAAUCCUAUUAUUUAAUACGGGGCUGAUUAUUAUUCAUAAUCCGAAAGUAUCAAGAGCGAGAAAGUUAAUUAGCCCGCAAUUGUUAUAUCAUAAAUGUUAUUGAAAUAAAAAAAAAUAUAUAUAUACAUACAUAUGUAUACAAUACAA